UGACGAGGCGCUUCCGGUCGCCGGUGGAGGGGGGGUGAAGUGGAGAAGGGGAGCCCUUGUCGUCGUCUAGCAGCAGCCGCCGAGGGCUUGCGGAGGCCUCAGGAGGGGGAGGAGGAUCGUGCCGUGUCCGCCGCUGCCAUCAUCAUGCCGACCGUGGAGGAGCUGUACCGCAACUACGGCAUCUUGGCCGACGCCAAGGAGACCGCGGCCGAGCACAAAGAUGCCUACCAAGUGAUCUUGGAUGGUGUCAAGGGAGGCGCCAAGGAGAAGAGACUAGCAGCACAGUUUAUUCCAAAGUUCUUCAAACAUUUCCCUGAGCUGGCAGAUUCAGCUAUCAAUGCCCAGCUGGAUCUUUGUGAGGAUGAAGAUGUUUCUGUUCUUGAAGAUGUAACAGGUGAAGAGUUUGUUUUAUUCAUGAAAAUACUAUCUGGCUUAAAAAGCCUGCAGACAGUGAGUGGACGGCAGCAGCUAGUAGAACUAGUUGCUGAACAAGCUGACCUUGAACAGACCUUUAAUCCAUCUGACCCUGAUUGUGUGGAUAGACUUUUGCAAUGUACUCGUCAAGCAGUGCCACUUUUCUCAAAAAAUGUUCACUCUACAAGAUUCGUCACUUACUUCUGUGAGCACGUGCUGCCAAAUUUGAGUUCUCUGACCACCCCAGUUGAAGGCCUCGAUAUCCAGUUAGAGGUACUGAAACUGCUUGCCGAGAUGAGUUCCUUCUGUGGUGACAUGGAAAAGCUAGAAUCAAAUUUAAAGAAGCUUUUUGAUAAAUUAUUGGAGUACAUGCCACUCCCUCCAGAGGAAGCAGAGAAUGGGGAGAAUGCUGGCAAUGAAGAACCCAAGUUGCAGUUUAGCUAUGUGGAAUGCUUGUUGUACAGCUUUCAUCAACUGGGCCGAAAACUUCCAGACUUCUUGACUGCAAAGCUGAACACAGAGAAAGUGAAAGACUUUAAAAUCAGGCUACAGUAUUUUGCUAGAGGAUUGCAGGUUUACAUCCGUCAGCUUCGUUUGGCACUGCAAGGCAAGACAGGAGAAGCAUUAAAGACAGAAGAGAACAAAAUUAAAGUGGUUGCACUGAAAAUUACAAAUAACAUCAAUGUUUUAAUCAAGGAUCUCUUCCAUAUCCCCCCUUCUUACAAAAGUACAGUUACACUCUCUUGGAAACCUGUUCAGAAAUCAGAAGUUGGGCAAAAAAGAGCCAGUGAAGACACAACUUCAGACUUGACAGCAAAGAAGGCUCCAGCAGGACCAAAAAGGGAUUCCAGGCAGAUUUAUAAUCCACCCAGUGGAAAGUACAGUAGCAAUUUGGGCAACUUUUCUUAUGAGCAAAGAGGUGGUUUCCGUGGUGGAAGAGGGAGAGGAUGGGGUGGACGUGGUAAUCGCAGCCGUGGAAGAAUCUACUGAAACCAGAUGCACUUUCCCAAAUCCAUUAAGGCUGAAACAUCUUUUAAAAGUUUGAAGGAUUGCUUAGAAGGUGGCAUUGUUCAAAAGGACUGCCUUCUGCUAAAGACUGAUAUAAAUGUUCAUAUACCUUUGUAUGUAUGAUCUACUUUUCUAAUGGACUACAAUGUCACCCACAGUGAAGCUACACCUGUAUUUUUGGAUGUUUAACUGCUGGCAUUUUGACCUUUUUUUAAAACAUCUUCAGGAUUUAUUCAGGAAAAGCAUGGGUGUUCCAGCUGACGCUCUUUCAGUAACAAUGUUACAUUCAUCUAUAAAUA